UUACACCAUUGUCACAUUCCCUUUCCUCUUUGCUGUGAUGUUUGGAGACUUUGGACAUGGUUUGAUCAUGUCUGUGUUUGCUUUAUGGAUGGUGCUUUACGAAAACGACCCGAAAUUAAAACGAACGAGAAAUGAGAUCUGGAACACCUUUUUUGAUGGCCGCUAUAUCAUCCUGAUGAUGGGAAUAUUUUCGUUGUAUACUGGUCUUAUCUACAAUGACUGCUUUUCAAAGUCUUUGAAUAUAUUUGGGUCUGGAUGGAGUGUCAAAAGUAUGUAUAACAGCAACAUCUGGAAGGAUGAUGAUCUUCGUUACAAUCAGUAUCUAACCCUGGAUCCCAAUGUCACUGGAGUUUUCAAAGGGCCCUAUCCAUUUGGUAUUGAUCCGCUUGACCUUGCCACCCAGGCUCAAUUUGAGGAAUUUCCUUCGUUGGAUAAAGAGCCACUAAUGGAUUAUACAAAUAUGCAGCGACUAGGAGCCAAGUUAGGGUUUAUAGCUGGCAUAAUUCAUCCAUGGAAGAUUGGACCUUUUGAGCGGAUGCUGUGGAGAGUCUGUAAGGGUUAUACGAUCCUCACGUAUGAAGAGUUAAAUGUUGCUCUCGAGGAUCCAGAGUGUGGGGAAGAUGUGAAAUGGGUUGUGUUUUUAGUGUCGUACUGGGGUGAGCAGAUUGGUCAGAAGGUGAAGAAGAUAUGCGAUUGUUAUCACUGCCAUGUCUAUCCUUACCCAAGUACAAACCAGGAGAGGGACGACAUUGUUGCAGGACUCAACACUCGAAUUCAGGAUCUCCAUACAGUACUGUACAGAACUGAGGAAUAUCUACAGCAAGUUCUGUGCAAGGCAUCAGAAUCCAUCCACACAUGGCUUAUUCAGGUGAAGAAGAUGAAGGCUAUUUACCAUAUCCUGAACCUAUGCAGUUUUGAUGUCACCAAUAAAUGUCUAAUUGCUGAGGUCUGGUGUCCGCUGGCUGAUCUGGCCAAAGUUCGUCAAGCGUUGGAAGAAGGAUCUGUGAGUGCUCCUUAA